AUGUUUACUAAGAUAAUAAUAAUUUCCUGCUUUAUAAGUGUUGUUUACUCAGGAGCAGUUCAGAACCAAGCCGCACUUCAAAAUUUAGGACGAUAUGGAACCUCAGAAGCCUAUGGUAGCAAUAUUGCCGCCGGUUAUGGAGUAGCUCCCGGUUACAAUGGAUUAGGUGUUCAGAACCCUGGAGCUAUCUACAAUCCGACAAACUAUCCCGGCGCUGCAUCUCAUUUACCUUACAACGCUGGCGUUCCUUAUUCAAACGCUGGUACUAGACUACCUUAUCCCGGCGUUGGUUAUGCUGGCACUACAGGUUUACCUUAUGCCAAUGCAGCUGCUGCUGCUUAUGGUGGUGUUAAUGGUCAAAAUCUUAAUGCAUACAAUGGUGCAGUUGGGUAUCCCUAUGGAACUGCAGCUGGUUACGGGAAUUUAUCUAAAUAUCCUUAUGCUGGUGCCAAUGCUUAUAAUGGUAAUGUCAAUGGUUACCAAAAUGUUGCAACGUCCUACUCCAACAUGUAUAGAAGUCCUCUUGAUUAUGGAGCAUCCGUGUACGGAAAUAACGGAUAUGGAGCAUCAAUGUACGGAAAUAACGGAUAUGGAGCACCAGUAUACGGAAAUAAUGGAUAUGGAGCAUCAUUAUACGGAAAUAAAGGAUAUGGAGCACCAUUAUAUGGAAAUAAUGGUUAUGGAGCAUCAUUAUAUGGAAAUAAAGGUUAUGGAGCAUCAGUAUAUGGAAAUAACGGAUAUGGAGCACCAAUAUACGGAAAUAAUGGAUAUGGAGCACCAGUAUACGGAAAUAACGGAUAUGGAGCGUCAUUAUACGGAAAUAACGGACAUGGAGCACCAUUAUAUGGAAAUAACGGUUAUGGAGCAUCAUUAUACGGAAAUAAUGCAUAUGGGGCAUCAGUAUAUGGAAAUAAAGGAUAUGGAGCACCAGCAUACGGAAAUAACGGAUAUGGAGCAUAUGGCAACAACCAAAGCUGGUGA